AUGGUGCAGAUCUUCUCGACCCAGUCGGUAACCGACGCGCUGGAGCCAGGUCAUCAGUACCUGGCGCACCGGUCGGUGAGCGACAUGGACGACCCUGACUUGGGGGCGGCCUCCAUGGACGAGGACGAUGCCACCGGCGAGGGCGGAGGCGACAAGAGGAACGCGCAGGAGGCGCGCGAGGAGCGGGAGAAGGCGGAGGUGGCCAAGGCGGCACAAGCAGAGGCUGAUGCCGCAGCCAAGACCCAAGCCGACGCAGCCGCCAGGGUUCAAGCGGACGCGGUCGCCAAGGCACAGGCGGAAGAGGCGUCCUGCAGCCUGGCACCAGAGCUCGUCGUCCCGCUGCGCGCGGAGCCACCGGCGCCGGGGGGGACUUGCACCGGCUGGAGGGGUUGGAGGCAACCAGAUUACCACAACAUCCGCGCAGCCGCUUUCAACUCCCACGUCCAGGAGCUGGCCAAGCGGACCACCAACAUGACCGAUAGCCGGAGGGCAGCAGCCGAACUGCAGCAGCGCCUAGGCGAGACCCAAACCAAGCUGCGCACCAAGGAGGAGGAGCGUAGCAAGGCGGCUCAGGAGGUGGACCGCCUGACCAAGGAGCUGGCGGACUAA